CCAGUAUCCAGAUUAAUAUCCAGACCAGUAUCCAGACCAGUAUCCAGCCCAGUACCAGACCAGUACCAGACCAGUAUCCAGACCAGUAUCCAGACCAGUACCAGACCAGUACCUCCCUUGUGGUCUUCCAGCAGAGUGACAGGAUGGCUGCAGCGCCUGUCACAGACGGUCUGUUUCCCAUGAAGCGCAGCAGCAGUUAUGAAUGCCUGCCACCAAACAUGUCGGAGCUGACGGUGGUCCUGUUGGGGAACAGCAGGUCUGAGAAGAGUUCAGUGGGAAACUUCAUACUGGGAGCGGCUGUGUUCAACACUGAGGAAGAACCAGACGACUGUGAGACAGUCAUAGGAAAGUGGAAGGAGAAAAGAAUCGUCAUCAUCAACACCCCAGAUCUGCUUCAUCCCGACAUCUCUGACAGGAAACUGAGAAAACGUGUAGAAAAGUGUGUGAGUCCCUCUGAUCCCGGACCUGAUGUGUUCCUUCUGGUUCUUCAGCCUGAAGACUUCACUGAGGAACAGAGAACGAGGCUCUGCAGAGUCCUUCAGCUCUUCAGUGAUUCAUCCCUGGAUCAGUCACUGGUCCUGGUCUCAACACCCAGAGAGGAGAGUCCAGGAGAACACUACCUGAGCCACCCACCUGUAAGAGACCUGAUCAGACUGUGUGGAGACAGGUACCUGAAGAAGGAGAACCUUGAUCGUAAAGAGCUGUUAACACGACUGGGUCAAACUGCAAAGGACAAAGACAAAGAGCAUCUGUGUGAACACAAGAAACCAUCUUUAAACCUGCUUCUGUGUGGGAGGAGAGGAGCAGGGAAGACUUCAGCAGCCGAGGCCAUUUUAGGUCGGACGGACCUUCACUCCUCAGAGAGUGUGAGACAUCAGGGAGAGGUGUGUGGACGUCAGGUCUCCCUGGUGGAGCUUCCUGCUCUGUAUGGAAAACCUCUGGAGGCCGUGAUGGAGGAGUCACUCAGGUGCGUCUCCCUCUGUGAUCCUGACGGCGUCCACGCCUUCCUCCUGGUCCUGCCUGUAGGUCCCCUCACUGAUGAAGACAAGGGGGAGUUACAGACCAUCCAGAGCACGUUCAGCUCUCGAGUCGACGACUUCACCAUGAUCCUGUUCACCGUGGAGUCAGAUCCCACAGAUCCAGCUGUUGUUGACUUCCUAAAUGAAACCGAUGACAUCCAGGAGCUCUGUCGGAGCUGUGGAGGAAGAUCUGUCGUCCUCAACAUCAAGGACGAGCAGCAGGUCUCUGAGAUGCUGGACGCUGUGGACACGAUGAGCACUGGAGGAUCCAGAUGCUUCACAAAGAACACGUUUACUGAGGCGCAGGUGAGUCGGGUUGUGGAGCAGGAAAACGCCAACACGAAACUCAAAGCUGAACUUGAGGCUGUGACACAGAAGAGACCGGUGGGAGAUCGGAGCAGAGAGCCUCUCAGGAUGCUGCUGCUCGGGAAGACUGGUUCUGGGAAGGGUUCGACCGCAAACACCAUUUUGGGCAAAAAGAUUUUCGAAACAGGAACAAUCAAGUCUGGAGAAAUAGCAACUGGAGAGGUUGAUGGACGGUCCGUCACUGUGGUGCGAUCCCCCGACCUGUUUGAUACAACUCUCUCUGAUGAGCUUCACAGAUGCCUCAAGCUGUUGUCUCCUGGACCUCAUGUCUUCUUACUGGUGCUGCCGAUCGGAGACUUUUCACCAGAGGAGAAAAACUCCAUGGAACUGAUCAGAAAAUACUUUGGCAAAAGGUCAAAAGACUUCACCAUCAUCAUAUUCACCAGAGGAGACGAACCGGCCGAGCGCUCGUUUGACAGUUGUGUGAAAGAUGUUGAUGGUUUUGUCAAACAACUAAUAAAUGACUGUGGAGGAAGAUAUCAGGUCUUUAACAACAGAGACGUCACAAACCGGACACAAGUCCAUGAGCUGCUGAGCAAGAUCCAGACCAUGCUGGAGGAAAACGGUGGCUGCUGCUACAACGAGAUGCCUGACGACACACAGGAAGUCACACAAGUGGAAAUGAUUCUGAAAGAGAAGGAAGAAGAGAAUAAAAAGAAGUGGGAAAAAAGGGAAGAAACUCUGCGACGGGAUUUGAGAAAACGACUGGAAGCGUCAGAGAAGACGGUCCAGACGGAGACAGAGCAGAGGAAAGCUGCCGAGAGGGAACUGGAGCUGAGCAGAAAAGAGAGGAAGAGAGAUCACGAGAACUGGGAUAAGGAAAAGACGGGGAUGUGGGAAGGAAUGUAUCAGGACCUCAAACAGAAUCUGGAUGAGGAGAAAACCAAGUACAGAAAGCUCCAGGAGGAAUACCAACACAGGGGGAUACGAUUGUUCUGUGCCACUGUGCUGAUUCUAUUUUUGCUGUUGAUAUCGUUGUUUUAUAAUUUCCUGGGUUGCAGUAACAGAGAGGUUGCAGAGAGUUCGCAAACAGAGGGUGGACUGUUUUGGCCCUGGACGUUAUUAUAUUACUUGGUUGGGUUUGUUUUUGUCGUUCUUUUGUUUUGUGUGAGUGGAUCCUCUGUACGCAGGUGAGGAUCUUUGGCUGUACCGCUGGAUCUCCUCCCACGUUUUAAACCCUGGGCGUGGCCUGGAGAGCUGGCAGGUCCGGAUUGGUCCUGUCACCAUUGGCUGCUUUUGAAAAGCCCGGAGGAUCUGCAGCUUCGAUGAUACAUCUUUUGACAGCAGCAGCUCUUGUUCUGUUUUCCUCGGUCUCCAAGUUAGCCUUGCGAUUACUGAUUGUUUUCUUUGAUUCUUUAUGAGUAUUCUCGUUUUGUGGUUUUCAGGUCACUUUGUGUUGAGAUGAUUCUGAUUAGUCACUUUGUUUAUUGCACUGACAAGUAGGGGUUAGUUAGAAAACUGUCUUUUGUUUGGUUCAUUUGAACACAGAUUUAGUAAUGUUCCUUUUGUGUAUAAGACAGAGUAUUUUGGUUGGUGCAUUGGCCUGGGUUCACCCUGAAGUUCUGUCAAGAGUUUGUUCACCUGUUGUUGAGUCGUGCUCUGGUUUGGGGACCAGGAAGGGAACUGUUUGUUUCAUUUAUGUUGUGCUCCUACCCACAUAGACAGGGGCAUAACACAGACGUAAAGUAAAAUACAGAGCUGCAGUCAUAGUUACUGACAAAGGAUCUGAAAUGUUACUGAGUUCACUGAUGAUGUUACAUGUUCAUGUCAAAUAAAAUUUGGUCAGCCUUCACCAAACUGUGUCCCGCUCCAACUGUAUAGAUCACAUCAUAAAUCUACUGUAGACAUAUAUGUUGUGCCUCAUGAAAUGGAGGAUUUGACCACGUGCUCCUUUAUUCAAAAAAGACAAAGGAAAUGACUUAGAAAACUCAGACUCCCAUGGUCCUUCACCUCAUCACGCCCUGGGUGAGGUCAGGUCCUCCAAACUCCAGGUCCUAUUCGUCACUGUGUGUCCCAGACCCCAGGGGGUCCCCAGGCCUAUACAACCCCAGUUCUCCCCCUGAUCUCUCUCUCUGUCUCUUUGGAGAGUCAACAUCUCCGUUCUCCCUUCGGGAGAAACCACUGCUCUCUGAGGAUCCUGACCUACAUGCAGGUGGUAGCAGGCUGCCCGAAGCAGACGGCUCAAACUCCCAAAAGGCAGCGAUGAGAGGUUCUGCCGAAGGACCAACUAUGACUUUAAAGUCUGAUGUAACCUCAGUGGUUUCAACACAAAGUCUUGCCAGCUGAUGAAACAACAGGAACCAAGCAGAGUUAAUGUCGAGCAUCUAACUGCUGUGAGGAGACGAAGGACACUGAAACCACACAACGCAGCUGAAUCUUUCUAGACUCACAAUGAACAAAUUAAAGGACCUUCUUCUUCUUCUUCUUUUCCAUGGACUUGGUAAACUAACCUGGGCAUUUAGAAUAGCAAAGUGCUACAUGGCUUAGCAUAGGAAUGUUUAACUUUGGUAGUGUAUUGAUGUGAGUCAAUGUGUUCACCUGGUGUUGUUAUGUAUUUGUUCAUAGGUUUAUUUGAUGUUCAAACCCUGUGACUAACCCUCUUUUAACCUGACACUCUUUGUGCUGCACCGAAUGGUCUCAUCAAAGAAACACACCUCUGAUGCCGCCAUUUUGUAGUUUGUGUUUACCGCAAUCUUGUUUCAGUACUUCUCAGACCUUUGACCUCACUGUUCGAAAUCAACGCUCUUGUCUGCACACACACACACACACACACACACACACACACACACACACAAACACACACGCACACACACACACACACACACCUACCUGUAUAAAUAUUUAUGUUUGUUAGAUUACAUAUUGUGGUUCCAACUUGUACCUUCUUUUUAAUAAAUGUUAUUGAAUAUA